AAAGUCGCAAUCGCGGCACAACCGUACAUUGUUUUUCAAAUAUAAUGGCUGUGUUCGAAUGAGACCCGGAUCUUUUCCUCUGCCCCGUUCCGUACCAGAUACAAGCUGGUCUCGACGCUCAAAAUUCUAGUGCACACAGCCAUUUGAAAUGACGGAACGGAUCCUCGACUUAAUUUCAUCCACGUAGAACUUGACAAGACGUUAUUCAGCUCCUGAGGCGGAGCUAGAUUUAUAUAGAUCUGUUGCGACAAAAUUGAUCGAAUAGUGUUUCAAGGGAAAGUGUGUAAAAUCAAGAGGAAUAAAGCUUAUCUGGUGUAGAAAGACCAGGAAUAGAGAGAAACACGUAUGUGUGUGCGCAGAGAAAGUGAAGAGGAAAGAGGGAGAGUUGGUUAUCUGUUAUCAGGAUCAGAAGUCCAAUGAAGAUCCACUGGCAUGGCCACGCCACUCAGCCCCCGAAAUUCGGAGGUGAACGCGCUUGAACAGCGAGGCUAUCUUAUUGGCAAAAAAAUCGGACAGGGAUCGUACGCGACGGUACACCUGGCCGAGUAUGUCGACGGAACAAGCUCGAAGAAAUUGCGAUUAGCCUGUAAAAUAUUCGACAAAGAGAAAGCACCCCCCGACUUCCUCGACAAAUUCUUCCCCCGUGAACUUGAAAUCCUUACAAAGAUCGAAAAUCCUCAUAUCAUUCAAGUACAUAGUAUACUGCAGCGUGGUCCAAGAGUCUUCAUCUUCAUGCGUUACGCCGACAACGGUGACCUACUGGACUUUGUCGACAGAAACGGUGCUGUACCGGAGCAACAAUCGAAGCUCUGGUUCAGACAGAUGGCUUCCGGUCUCCACUAUCUUCACGGGAAGAACAUCGCUCAUCGUGAUCUGAAAUGCGAGAAUAUACUGUUGUCUAGGAAGUUCAAUGUUAAAUUGGCUGACUUUGGUUUUGCCAGAUUCUGCGUUGACCACGAGGGUAGGCGCGUUCUUAGUAAAACCUAUUGCGGCUCUGCUGCGUAUGCUGCACCGGAAGUCGUCUCUGGUACACCGUACAACCCAAAACUGGCCGAUGUCUGGUCACUCGGGAUUAUUUUAUUCAUCAUGCUAAACGCAUCGAUGCCGUUCGACGACUCCAACUUGCAGAAGUUACUCAAGGACCAGAUGUCGAGGAACUGGAUGUUCCGGUCACGAGUACGAGAAACUGUGUCAGCGUUAGCGAAGAGUAUCGUUAAACAUAUUUUAGAACCGGACAUUACGUUGAGGCUAACGCUGGAAAGAGUUCUGGGCCACGAAUGGGUGCGGACCAAGAAGGAGAAACCAGGAUUUCUUACCGGUCGACUCGUGCACUCGGCGCCUCCUAUUCAUCCACAGGCAUGCGGAGGUGGCGGAAAGUUGGUCGGUGGAGGGGCUGCAGGGGGUUGCAACGUACCCUUGGUACUCAAAGGACUAGCAUCGUCCAAGAACUCGGAGAAUCAAAAUCAAGGUAACGCCGCGAAGUCUGUGGACAAUUCAGGGAAGAACACGCAAUUGUCCGCUGUUUAAUGACGACAAACAGAACCGACAAGGAUGAACCAACGUCGUUCGCACGUCGGACGUCGAUCGGAUGCACAGUGAUCUGUGCAUCUUUCAAUCUACAAAUGUUUAUAGUUCAUUUUUCUAUACAU